GAUUUAAUCAUUGGUUCUGUUCUCGAUUAGUCAGCCUGUUUUCAUUGUAGGGCUUUUUGCGCAAGCGGUUAUAUCCUUCUUCACAGGGAAGAGAAGAGCCGAUUUCAACAGGUCCCACGAAGAAAAACAAAGAACCACACCCGGUAUUGUAUGACAGCUUCGCGUUGCUCACAGAAAGUCCAUCCCAGCUCUACCCUCUAUCAGCUUGGGCAGAUAGGGCAGCCAGUGCCUUCGGUACCAUAGGCCGGGAACCCCGUUCCUCUUCGGACCGUCCGCGGCUAUCUGCCUGGCCCAGGUCGAAGCCCAGCUAGCCCUGCACCAACUGAGCAUCAUCGCCGCUGCCAGUAACCACGGCAACCAGCAACGGGCCCUGCUCAACCUUCUCCAGCAAGCAGCUGCCAACAACAUCGCUCAGCCGCUCGCCCCGUCAUGUACCAGCCUCAGCAACAGGGGGCACCCUUCAACAGGCCCAGGAACAUGCCAUACCAUCAACAACAACCGGGCCACUCUACGGGCGGCAACAACAUGGCCCAGAUGAACAGCUACCAGGCGGGUCAGUUCCCGCCGCAAACUCGGCUACACGAGGAGCUGGAGUCAGCGAUCUCUGUCCGUGUUCAGGGUGGGAGGGACGAGGACCACCGACUACUCAACCAGAAUAACCAGAUCCCCCGGCAGCACUGUGUAGAUCCCCGCAUGCACGGGGACGGUCGGGGUGGGAGUUCAGAGACUGCCUAUUCUAACAGCAACAACCUUGUUUCGCUCUCCUGCGAUGACCAGCAGAAUCAGAUGCAAGAUGUGGACUGGUCCAACUACCAGACUCCCAGUAAACUCUUUGGUCUCAAUCAGCAGCAGCACCUCCAGCAGUCCUCCCACUCUCAUGCUAACCCCAACAGCGGGCAUUCAGGAGGGGGCAUGCAAAGCUGGAAUGCUCCUGUUUCUCAACCGGCUCGUCCACAGGGUGGAAACAUGCAGGGUCUGUACGUACCUGAGAGCGCAGGCAGUAUCCUGGCCGGCUUCGGUUUGUCAAACGAUGACCUGGAGGUUCUCAGCCACUACCCUGAUGACCAACUAACUCCAGACACUCUGCCCUUCAUCCUACGUGACAUACAGAUACACAAAACAAACAGAAACACAGGCCCUCCUGCGUUCUCUCAAACUCUCCCUGCUAUUCCUAACCUGCCGCCACCGCUGCGUCUUUCUCCACCACAGCGGCAUCCUGCACAUUCAUGUCCGACCAACAUCCCAACUUUUCUGAGUGUGACGCAAACGGCGGGUAAAGUUAUCGACUACGGCCAUGCGAGUAGGGGCGGCGGAAGAGGGUAGGGACUCUUACAAACGCGAGCUACCGUCCAAGGAGAGAGCAACUAAACCAGAGUCAAAGUCCACCGGUUCAUCUUUGAAACGUAAAGCUGAAUCCCCAAGGCGGCACGACGACUCUUCCGACUCAAAGAAAGACAAAGACUACAGGAGGCGUGCUCCAAUCCCCCGACACUCACAAGCACAAAAGAACGCCCGUCAGAGAGCCGCCAUCAAGAUCUCGGUCGGAGCGCGAAGGGUCCAGAUCAAGGCCACAGUUCGAAGCCAGGAGUGAGUCGUCAAAAUCAACCAGACCCUCCGGUGCCAAACGCAGCUCUAGCGCAACCAAGAGGCUCCCAACACCCACCAUGAUAGGUGAUUUCUCGGCGGACCCUCCGAAGGUGUACCCCCACACCUGCUCCCUGUGCGACAUGCAAUGUGAACGGGCUAAGGACUGGAUCGAUCACGUGAACACAGUCAACCACACAGCUAGCUGCAGAGAUCUGCGCAACAAGUAUCCAGACUGGAAUCCAAAUGUCCCAAGGAGGGACCCGUCUCAAGGUCAGGAUGCUUCUGCCACCUGGCAGUCCCUAGAACGCUCUCCCUCCCGCUCAGUCUCCCGUUCCUUGUCCUGGUCCCCUCUCCAACCCCCUCUGGACCGAAGCCGAAGGAUCUCUCCGCCUACAUCCCAUGGACACGCCCCCACACCUCUGGUCGGCACAGCCCCUCCCAGUCCCAUCGGGGUUCUGCCUCCAGUGCUCACAGGCCGGAGAAGAGAACCAGUGAAUCCUCAGGGAUAUCUACUGGGAGCUCCUCUCGAGAAGGCCUGAAGCGUUCCAGAAAUGACCCCGCCAAGUGUGCGACUGGCCACGGCAACAGAGCAGGGGUUUCUGGGAAACACGAGUCCGGGAAACUUGAGUCCUAUUUGUCGUCCACCAGCAAGU